AUGGUAUCAAAGAAGGAUAUGCGCCGGCCGGACCUGGCCGUCCCUUACCAAGAGCCCGCCGCAAAAUCAAGCGAGACCCCCGAGAUGUCAUCAACCCUCAGCUCCACCCUGCCCAUGGCGGCCAUCUUCACGCGCAACCGGUACAUCGGCUGGGCGUCCGUCGUGUUCAGCCUGCAGUCCUGGCUGGGCGAGAGCGACGAGACGACCAAGACGUCGAGCACGCCCGGGUACUUCACCGUGGGCAUGUCCGUCAUGGCCCUCGCCGUAACCUACCUCCCGAUGUUCCUGCCCCCGCAAGCGGGCGGCCAGCAGCGCGCCGCGACGGGCACCGGGGCCCCGCCGCCCGCUCCGCCGUCCUAG